ACCCAGUCAUGUCCAGGAAGCGGAAGAGCACCCUGUCAUUGUGUUUUGGCGUUGCUCUGUAAUUGUUGUAUACCGGUAGGUGGACAAAACCAAAGCAGUUUUGGAGAUAUUGGUCAGCAAGUAUGGCAGCAGCUAUCCCGGCGCCGCUUAAAGCCAUUCAGCACCACCUGCGGACCGCUCAAGAACUUGAGAAACGCGACCCCGUAGUCGCUUAUUACUGUAAGCUUUAUGCUGUGCAGACAGGAAUGAAGCUGGAUAGUAAAAGCCCGGAGUGCCGCAAGUUCCUGAUGAAGUUAAUGGACCAGUUAGAAUCGAUGAAGAAAGAGCUUUCUGAUAAUGAAUCAGUUUCUCAAGAGCUAGUUGGCCAUGCCCACAUUGAAAACUAUGCUUUGAAAAUGUUCCUGUAUGCAGAUAAUGAAGAUCGAUCAGGGCGGUUUCACAAGAACAUGAUCAAGUCAUUCUAUACUGCAAGCCUUCUGAUAGAUGUCCUCACUGUGUUUGGAGAAUUGUCUGAAGAGAACAUCCAGCACAGGAAGUAUGCUAGAUGGAAGGCAACAUACAUUCACAACUGCCUGAAGAAUGGAGAAACACCACAAGCAGGGCCUAUUGGAGUGGAAGGGGAAGCAUAUGAAGAUGAAUAUGAUACAGAGGUUGGGACCCCCUCUCAAGUUCUAAAACCAAGUGAUCCUGCCAGUGAGGGAACGUCUUCAACACAUAGUACGACAAACAUACAAAUCCCACCAGGUGCGCAUGCACCUGCCAAUACCCCUGCUGAUGUGCCUCACAACACAGAGAAUGUAAGUCAUCCUGUUCAGCCCUCUCCUCAAAAAAUCCCCCAAGUAGACCCAUCAUUAUUCAAGGCUGGUCAACAAGGAAAUGUGCAUCUAACACCAGAAGAUUUUGCUAGAGCUCAAAAGUACUGCAAAUUUGCUGGAAGUGCCCUGCAAUAUGAAGACAUAGACACAGCGGUACAAAACCUACAGAAAGCACUCAAGUUACUUACUACAGGCAGAGAAUGAGGCCUUUGUCUUCCUGAUUCGUUUAUCUUGCCAAAAGAACUAAGAGCGCAUUACUCCACCCUCAGCUGUAUUAGAAGAAUGGAAUUCUGUGGAAGUCCUUUAAUUCACCAUAAACAACAAUGAAAUCUGUGUCUCUGAAUUUGCAGUUCUGCUCUUACAUACCAUAUUUAGUUGACUCUCUUACUUUCUUUCAGCAUUAGGGGGCAGUUUGAAAGUAAUGUCUUUAAAAGUUAAAGCACGUCCCGUUAAAUUGCAAGUAAAAAAUUGUCUUCAAAGGAAAGAAAAAUGCAACUCUUCCAUCUGAUGGUAUCGUUCUUAAACUUCUUAUUUUACCACCGUGUCUGCAUGUUUUUUUUUUUGCAAAAUUUGUACACUGAAAUAUUUUUAAGGUGACUCUCACUGUACAGUUUGACAAUGCUAUUUAGUUUGUUUCUAUGCUUGUUACUAUUUAAAAUUUAAUUUUCUUUCCUUAAAA